AGCUCCAACUCCGAGUCCUCAUUCCAUUCGUUCCAUCAAAUGGAAGGUAUUCCCUGACUGCCAGCUGUAACCUUGGUCCCAAUAUGACCGUGUAGAGCACCGGCGUGAUCGGCUACACCAGAACAUUAAGAGAACGUUGACGCUCGCUAUCAUCCUAUGGUACUAGUUGUACCGCGGCAAACGGGGCUACGAGGACCUUGGUACGACAAACCUGUCAACGUCGUGUCAAAGGGUAAAUGAACUCAGCGGCCCGGCAAAUCCCGCUUAUCUCCAACCGCGAACAAACGAAAUCGAAUCUCCCGAGUGUUCUACCUACGGCACAAUCGAUAGUACCGCGAUUACGCUUAAAUUCUUGUUCCUCCUUGUAUCGAAUACCGGGUGUACAAUGUCUAAAGCGUCAAAGGAUGCACUUGUUUCUGAAUUCUGCUCGAUCACUGGCGCAUCUCCGAAAGAUGCCAGGCGAUAUCUUGACAAGCACCAGAGACGGCUUGACGCGGCCAUUGAUGCCUUUUUCCAAGAAGGCGGUGGCAGAACAACUAGUACUGCUGCUUCAACAAGCAAGUUGAACGCCCUCUUUGAGAAAUACAAAGAUCCAACUGGGGAUGAAAUUUCAAUAGACGGCACUAUUCAGCUGUGUCAGGAUCUCGAAACAGAUCCAGAGGAUGUUGUUCUGCUCGCAGUCGCUUACGAACUCAAAUCUCCGAAAGUCGGGGAGUGGAACAAGAAAGGUUGGGUGGAGGGAUGGUCACGACUUGGUUGUGAUACAGUUGACGGCAUGAAGGAUGCUCUGACGCGGCUGCGGGCAAAGCUGGGAUCAGAUACAUCCUAUUUCCAUAAGGUGUACGAUCACACGUUCACUUUUGCUCGGACGGAAGGACAACGGAGUCUAGCGAUCGACACGGCACUGGCAUUUUGGAAUCUAUUACUUCCAACAGGUCUGACAGGCGGCGCGCUAAAACACGAUUUGACAGGUGAAGAUGUAGACAUGGAUGGGGAGAAAAGUUCCGGGUGGACAGAUGAGCACACGCAAUGGUGGUUCCAGUUCUUGACUGAGAAGGGAGGCAAGGGUGUGAGCAAAGAUACGUGGAUGAUGCUGUUUGAUUUUAUCCGCUCGAUUGAUUCCCAAUUUUUGACACAUGAUGCGGAGGCUGCAUGGCCGUCGGCGAUAGACGACUUCGUGGCUUGGGCGAGGUCAGUGGGAAAAGUGCCGACCCCAGAGGUAGCAUGAAGUUGUUUCGUAAAUUCAAGUAGAGUAUCUUUCCCUGUGCAAAGUACACCAUAUAUACCGAUGGGAAAGAAAGGGGUGUACCGUUACAUCGGUCCAUUGACGCGCUUUGCAAAGAAAAAGACUCGUUACAAGCCGCGGAACUUGAGAAUUUG